AUCAGUCCAUUGUUGGAAAGUUGCUUGUAGCCGGUAACUCAGUGCAAGUUUCCAGGGAAGCUGGAAACCGGUCCAGUAGUAACGCUUGUACAGUGUUCGUCGGCAGAUUUACAGUGUUGUUUGCAGUAAUUUAGCAAUUUCGAUAAUCGGCGUUGAGUAGUCAUGUUAAUUUUGUCAGAUAACUGCACCUUCAUUCUCUUAGUGGCAUUGAGUAAGGUAUGGGCUUUAGCAGCUCAAGUCAGUGACCUUGUUCAUGAUGGAAUAGUAGCACAUCAACUGACCGUAUCAAGAAAUAUAGAAAUAUGUGAAGUGUAUAAUAGUUCAGGAAUCUAUCACAUCAUAAAAAGACAGUCAUCGCCAGCAUCAUUGAUGGUUGUGAAAAUUUGGCCAUCUGGAUGCAGAGCUCGGUUCUCUGGGAACUACAAAUGGGAGAAAAGUGAGAUAACCAUGGAGGCUUCAGUUAAUAAUGACAAGUAUCCAUCUGUUUUUUUCUCCAUUGGUUACCUUCAAAGGGAGUUGGAAGAUGCAUUCUUCAUGAACCUAUAUUGGAAUAAAGAGCAUGUCAUCUUGGAGUUACCAUUCAUGGAGGUGGGUUACUUCUCUAACUUCAAUUCAGCUGUCCCAUGGCAUCUCGAGUCUCCUCCUGGUCUGCACAUCAAAAACUGGCAGUUCUGGAUAAAUGACAAAACUUCAUUGGACAAACUCAGAGAUUUCAGUAAUGGCUUCAAUGGAAUACUUCUCAACAUAACACUGCUGAGUGACGCUGGAAGUGAUUAUGAAACCACACAAGUUAGAUGCCACUUAAAAUCUCAAGAGAGGAGUUUAAUUUUCUUCAAUAUUUCAGAUAGAAACAGUAAGACGUCAGCUGAAAACCAGGAGGAACUCUUACAAUUGCAGUUUCCUCUUAAUUUGAAUUUGACUUGGAAAAGGAAAGUCAAAACUUCUCCCAGCCUAAGUGAAAAAGAAAUAACUCUACGCAUAACUAAUAAUCUCAACAGUGAAUUUGUAUGGUUCCAAAGCAUUGAUGUUUUAGAACCUGAGCUUGAUGAAGGAAAUAAUACAGCAUUUUUUGGGAAUCCUCAUUGUUUGGGAAGAUGUGUUCAACAGUUUGCCAAAGAACUUGAGAAAGAUUGCCCUGCAAGGAGUGAAAAAGAAAGCUUGUUUAUGAACAUUGAAAAUUACAGUGUAGAGGGUGAUCGCUGCUGUGAAGAGCAAAAAGAGAAAAAUAACUUACGUGCUAGAAGGAUAAGGAAAGUCACCCAGACUAUAGGAAAAACAGACUUCUUGACAAUGACAGCAAAUAUGACUGUAGACAUGAUGCCGAGUGGCCAUUACAUUGUCUAUAUUAACCAAAAACUCAACCUAAGUGUCUGUCCUGCCCUGAGUUUUUCACUGAAACAAAUUUUCAAUAUUUCUUCAAAUUAUUCUGGAUGGGAAUUUGUACUGAACCAGUGGCAUUGGGGAAACAUUGUGGUAAAGGGCCUCUGGGGACAGUCGUUCUUCGAGUUAUAUAAGAAAACUUUUUCUUUCUCAUUUGAUCAGGACAUUCCACUUCCAAAUAUCAACAUAAUACUGGAUUUUGAAGAUUACAAGAACUUUGUUAUAAAGUUUACCUGUCCAACUUUGGCCUCGUCAGUUGUCAGUACCACACACAUCAGGUUUCCUGUGGUGACAUUUAAAGUAAUUGAACAAGAUGAGUUUUGGCAAGAAGAAAGCAUAAGAUUAUUUUCCAUUUACUUUGUAUAUGAUGAAGACAUAUUGGCCAUAUCAUGGGACAUUAAUGAGUCAAGAUUGAAAGAAAUCUAUAGAGGAAUUAUGGAUGUGCUCUACCAAGUAAGUUUUACAAAUAUUUUUUUUACCUCAAUUUAUUUUUAUAUUUAUCUGAAAGGUAAAUAAAUUCGAAAUCAAUAGAUGGAAAAUUGAUCCUUCAUUAAUUUACAGGUGUUGGCAAUAAUGGUACAUAAUUAUUAAACUAAAAUUCUCCAUCAGAACUCGGCUAUGCUACAAAGUUAUUGCACUUUCAUUAUGUAAUGAAAGUGUAACAAGUGAAGAGGACAGCAUUUUUAUGAUUUAUGAUGGUUACAGGUCCAUAAUCCCUUAUCCAAAACCCACUGGACAAGCUGUGUUUCAGGUUUUGGAUUUUUUAAGACUUUAGAACUAGAGGUUUC